AUUGUGGGGCGGCAGCAGCAGAGCCAAGAUGGCGGCCAGCAGGAGGCUGAUGAAGAGUAACCACUUCCUUGUAUGAGUAAGAGGUUUAUCGCACUGAAAUAUGGACCUGGGUUCAGAAGUUUCCUCCUUCGCUGCAGACGUGGAGCUUGAAGAAAUCCGCAAAUGUGGAAUGAAAAACUUCCGUAAUAUCCAGGUUGAUGAAGCUAAUUUAUUGACCUGGCAAGGGCUUAUUGUUCCUGACAAUCCUCCGUAUGAUAAAGGAGCCUUCAGAAUCGAAAUCAACUUCCCAGCAGAAUACCCAUUCAAACCUCCUAAGAUUACAUUUAAAACAAAGAUCUAUCACCCUAACAUCGAUGAAAAGGGGCAGGUUUGUCUGCCAGUAAUUAGUGCUGAAAACUGGAAGCCAGCAACCAAAACUGACCAAGUAAUCCAGUCCCUCAUAGCACUGGUGAAUGAUCCACAGCCCGAGCAUCCCCUCCGGGCUGACCUAGCUGAAGAAUACUCUAAGGACCGUAAAAAAUUCUGUAAGAACGCUGAAGAGUUUACAAAGAAAUAUGGUGAAAAGCGACCAGUGGACUAAAAUCUGACACAAUUGAUGUCAGCAACGUAUGAUAGAAGAUCGGAGCAGUGCAUUUGAGACACCCCGUAAAGCAGGACUCUAUGGAAAAUUGACAAGUGCCACCUUUCGGUGUUAACUUGUGGCUGUUACUAACUUUCUACAGUUUUCUUAAUCAAAAGUGGGCUAGGUAACCUGUAAAGAAAGGAUUAAAAUUUAAGAUGUUCUAGUUCUGCUUUCUUUGUUUAAAAAUCACUGCUUCAAUAUACUUUAAAGUAUGCUGUUUUCUUUUUCUUGUCAGAAUUUAUCAAAAAUAUCUUAGACUUAUAUUCUGCCCUUAAAUUGAAAAGGUUGUGGCUGUCAUUUCUUAUUUUUCCUUGCAGUUCCCACUAUCUUGAGUUCAUAUAAUUCUUCAUUGAAUUUUAUCCCCCUCCCAAACUGAUGUCUUAGAAAAAAUAUCCCAGUUCUGGCAGAAAAUGAUUGAGUGUUUGGCAGUUUUGUUUACUUUCUUCUUAAAUGUUGCACUGUGCUUUGUGGGACUUGUUGCAAGUUCCCCUUAACUUCAGUUUGUAACAUAAUAAAACAAAAACCAAACAAACCCCACAAAACCAAUCAGAAAUAAUGUCCAGGUCUUUAUGUAAAUCUGGCUGAUGUUACCACAAAAUGUUUAUUAAACGGGGAAACCCAA